AAUAAAUAAACCUAAACAGGAGGUCAGUCAAACCGGGUCAGGUGACCUAGAACUGGUUGAACAGGUGAAGGGAACUUAGCCCCAAACACACGGGCUGCGUAGAGCUGAAGGAACAUCAUUGGUCCAAAGGAACACUAAGUCCCACCCUCUUUUGAAUCCGCGUCACACUCUCACAGCCAAUCAGAGCAGCGAUCGGGGCCGUGCGCGCCCCUGAAGGAACACGCGGACGCGCUGCAGGUGAAACAGGUGAGGAGACUCCGUUUCCACUGAACAGUGAAGUUACAUAGAGGCCGUUUCACUGUUGGGGGACAAAGUUAGUUUUAUUUUUUUACAUUAAUCUAGUUCAGGCUACGUUACACGUAUGGGAGCGGCGCAGAAUGGAUCCAGCUGUUACCAGACCAGUGUUUUCAUUCGUUUUGACUGUUUUAAGCCUUGUGCCGAGCUGCGGGGGGGAACUCUCUCCCAUCACUGUUGCGCCUGGAGAAAAAGAGGAUGUACCUUUGUUUACAAUGAAUUAUGCACGGAUACAGGUUCCCUUUGAGAUCACUCUCUGGGUGCUCCUGGCUUCUUUUGCAAAAAUAGGUUUUAACGUAAACCGCCGCAUCACCACGUGGCUGCCGGAGUCCUGCCUUCUGAUCAGCGUUGGUCUGAUCGCCGGUGGCGUCCUGUUCCACGUCCACGAGGCGCCGCCCGCUGUGCUCACCAGCCAGGCCUUCUUCCUCUACAUGCUUCCUCCCAUCGUCCUCGAAUCGGGCUACUUUUUUCCCACGAGGCCUUUCUUCGAGAACGUCGGCACGGUGCUCUGGUUCGCCGUGGCGGGGACCCUGUGGAGCGCCGUCGGCACGGGCCUGUCUCUGUUCGCCGUGUGCCGGGUGGAGGCGUUCGGUCUGCGGGACGUCAGCCUCCAGGAGAACCUGCUGUUCGCGUCCAUCGUCUCCGCCGUGGACCCCGUGGCCGUGCUGAACGUGUUCGAGGACGUUUCUGUCAACGAGCAGCUGUACGUUGCGAUGUUUGGGGAGGGUCUCUUCAACGACGCCGUCACUGUGGCUCUGUACCAAAUCUUUAUAUAUGUGGCAAAAAUGCCGGUGGCGGAGGACCUGUCCUUGGUGGUGGCCAGGUUCUUCCUAGUGGGGCUCGGUGGGAUGGUCCCCGGCGUCCUCUUCGGCCUCGUGGCGGCCUUCACCACACGGUUCACCUCCCGGGUCAGGGAGAUCGAGCCCCUCGUCGUUUUCGUGUACAGCUACAUGGCCUGUCUGGUGGCGGAGCUGUUCAGCAUGUCUUCUAUUAUGGCCAUCGUGACCUGCGCCAUCGUCAUGAAAUCCUACGUGGAGGAAAACGUCUCCCAGCGCUCCUGCUCAAGCGUCCGUCACAUGAUCAAAAUGUUCGGCUCCGUCUCAGAAACCCUCAUCUUCUUCUUCCUCGGCGUUGUCACCGUCACAACUGAACACGAGUGGAACUGGGCCUACGUGCUGUUCACGCUGCUGUUUGCCUUCCUCUGGAGGUGUCUGGGCGUUUUGUUUCUGACGCUGAUCGUGAACCUUUUCCGCGUCAUUCCAUUCACCUUCAAAGAUCAGUUCGGUUUGGCCUACGGCGGCCUGCGAGGUGCCGUGUCCUUCGCCUUGGCCUCCACUCUUCCUCACAGCAUCGGCUGCAGGAAGCUCUUUGUUACUGCCACCAUUGCCAUUAUCCUCGUCACUGUGUUUCUUCAGGGCAUCACUAUCCGGCCUCUGAUUGAGCUCAUCGACAUCCGCAGAACCAGCCAUAACCCAGACUCCAUCAAUGCAGAGAUUCACAGCAGGCUCAUGGAGCACACUGUGACGGGCAUAGAGGACCUCUGUGGGCAGUGGAGCCACUUCUGGUGGAAAGACAAGUUUUUAAAAUUCAAUAAUCGGUUCUUGCGGAAGGUCCUGAUCCGUGACAGCCGGGCCGAGUCCAGCAUUGUGGCCCUGUACAAGAGGCUGGAGCUGCAGAACACGGUGGAGAUCCUGAACAUGGUGUCUGGAGGCAUCAGUGCUGCUCCCUCCAUGGUCUCUCUCUGUGAGGAAAGUAGAAAGUUGUUCUUGGCUUCUGACGUGAAGGAGAUUCAUGACAUCCUGUCCAAGAACAUGUACAAGACCAGGCAACCGAUGGCUGCGCACACAAGGAAGCACGCCCUGCCCAGUGAAAGCCGCGACAAGGAGAUACUGCUCAGACGCCACGCCAGCAUCCAGCGCAGCCUCGGACCUGGCAGCCUUCGGGAUUCGGCGGUGCCCAUAUCUCACAAGUACUCCACUCUUCCUGCUAGAAAGAGCCUGCACUUUAAAUAUUUUCCUGCGUGGGAAAGAUAUGCAGAUAAUCGUGGAACCAUGUCGGAGAUGGCCUUCCCCUUCAGAUGCUCCAGCGCCAGAGCCAGGAUUUCACUACGCAGGCUGAACACACCAACACCACCAUCUAAUGGUGCUCUGGAUGAAAGCAGUUGUGAGACCAACAAGGUAGAACGUGGGACAAACUCAUCCUCUGGUCGUUCCCAUGUUCCUCCUCAGCAUCACUUCAACCUGGUUAAUAACAGCCGCUCAGCCGAUCCCUAUAGAAGUGUGCAUCAUGGGGGAGAAGAGGGGCGGCCCGCAUCUCCAACUGAACCCAGAGCAACGCAUUAAGAAAACCUCUGCUGAGGCCUCAGUGGAAUCCUAUAACGAAGUGAUGGUGUGUGGGCUGCAGGUAGACUGGCACAGAUGAAAUGUUUUAAGCACAGUCAAUAAAUCACAGUGGGGAGGAAAACCUCCAGCAGAAGCAGGCUUGGUGUGGGCGGCCAUCUGCCUCGACCGGUUGGAGUGAGAAAAGAACAGUAACAACAGGGUGGCAGGUUUAUGGAAAGAAUAAAUAUAGAAAAAUGGAAAGAUUGUGAUUAUUUUGAACAAAUUGGAAUCUGUUCAACAAAUUUAAACCAUCAGUGCAGUUUCUUUUAUAUAUAUAUAGUUUAUAUAGUUUCUGCUACGUU